UCAUAGAGUUCAGGGGUUAGUAGUAGUAGUUUGCUUAUAUCAGUUAGUUAUGUUGUAGUCUGGUGAAUUUGUCUGGCUUAGAGUGACGAUUGGAGAUGGGGUACACGAAUAUUAGUAUGCGAACUGUAUUGAUCACUAGUACCUAUGUGGGGUAUGGAAUAUUAUUAAUCGGGGUUUGUAGUAUGUCAUAUGUUUGUAGGUUUGUAUGUACACGAGGUAUGAAGUAUGUAUGUAUUGUAUGUAUGUAUGGUGUGGUGAGUGGUAUUGAUGAGAAGUUCCAGUUUGCUUCAUAUAUACAUAGCCAAGAAAUUCACGAGUCCAACGCCAGUCCACGCCACGCCAAGUCAGACACGUUAAUUGAGAUCAGAUGUUUUGAUUGGAGAAAGGAUGGAACUUCUAGAGGAGGCCAAGAGUCAUGAGGGGUCGUGUCGUGAUGAGGUUGGAUUGAAUUUAGAUAUCCGGGGUUGAGAUAAUGUGACAAGUAGGGGCAUAUCUGCUCUCAUAGUCCCAGC